UCACACUUUUUGCCCUUCGUGUCUUCAGAGCUUUCACCGGUUGAAUUCCUUCUCUCACUUCUCAGCCCUCUGAGUCAAGUAAGUUUCCUUCCUUGUCUUUACAUUUUUCCCGGUUAUGUCUUCUGUACAUAGCCGUAGGGUUUCAUCCUCAGAGGACUGCUCCUCUGAGGAUUCCAACUCGUCCUCCUCGACCGGGUCCUCUUCCUCUGAUUCCCGGCCUGGUCAGAUUCCUAACCCUCAGGUCCCUGACCCGCAACCUAUAAAUCAGGUAGCCGGUCAGAUGUUCACAGAGAGGGAUGAACCGGUUGACAACGAACCGGGUCCCUAUGAUCCGGACAACGAGUCCUGGGAGGAGUGGGAAGAGCGGCUUCGUGCUGCCGGUUAUUUCCCACUCUCUACCUACUUCGCCCUUGACAUUCCCUCCCAUGUAUCCAAAAUUGCCUUAAAUAAAAUCCGUAGAAGGCUCCCGGAUGGGUACACCCUUUUAUAUAAACAUGACUGGCCCAACAUUGUUGAACCCCACCAGGAGGAUAGGAUAGGGUUCCAUACGAUUUCCCUAGAUGCAGGCACCGUUUUUCCUCUUCGCCCCCUCCUAACCGAAACCGGUUGCUCCCAAGCUGAAACUGCCAAAACUUUCACGGUCCAACCAGAGACCGUAGAAAUCCAUGACGAGGAUGAGCCCCAAGAUGACCGGUCCAAGGGGAAGGGCAAGGAGAAGGCCGGUCGCCGGAUGAAGAAGGUUGCCACCACGCAUCCUUCUUAUGCCAAGAAGAGGGCGAGGUCGGAUUCUGAGCCGGCGUCCAGGACCAUCGAGGAGGCCUUCAUCAAUCUAGGCCUGAGGCUGAGGGAAAGAGAUCGGCCCCAUACAGCAGAACAACUGGGGAUGGGCUCUCCUUCAGAAAUUGCCCGGCUAAAGAAGGAGAAGGAGGAGAUGGCCCUUAUCCAGAAGAGCCAAGCAGAUGAGCUGAUCAGGCUGUCUGGGCUGGCCGGGGCAAUGAAGACCGAGAUCUCCCAAUUGAAGGAGGAGAAUGGCCGGAUUAUGGAUGAAGUCUCGGAAGCCAAGAGGGAGAUGGCUCUGAAGGAGGAGAACUUUCCUGGUCGUGCCGCUGCCUGGGUGGAGGAGAACAAGGCCAAAGCUUCCCGGGUGAUGACGGCAAGCCCGGAAGCUACCAUGGAAUCCUUCAGGCUUCUUUACCGGGAGCCUGAGGGAAGGAAGAUGAUUACCGCUAUUGGGUCCUUUGGAUUCAAGAGCGGUCAGAAGAAAGACCAGGCUGCCUCUCACUGGAUUCUGAAGAAGAGGGAUCCAGACUUCACCGCGGCUUCAUACGGCCUGGCUCCCAUUCCAGAGGAAGAGCCUACUCCCCCUUUCCUUCUAGAUUAAGAUCUCCCCAGCUUCGACCGGUUGUUUUGUAAACUUGAAACCGUUGUAUUUAGGUGCCCUAGCGGCAAUCAAAUACCUAUGUAACU